GUCUCCUGGCAACCACUAACGCUGAGGAUGACACCAGCAGCCUCCAUCAACCCCAGAAGAGACACGCGACACUUAUAAAAUACGCUUCUAUACAUUAGUUAACCGUUUUCUUUAAGGAGUAAUUUAAUGGACAGCGGGUCUAUUCCUUAUCGCGUGCGUUUUCUCAGGACGCCCGCUGUGAGUUCAGAAGGAGUGAGCAGGUGGCUGUGCAGAAGUCUGAAUGUGCCUUGCGAUAGAGGUCCCGAUGGGAAGUAUGACCUUGACAGCAUGGUUGAGAAAAACAGACGUGAAUUCUCCAAAUGUAAUCCUGUAGCCCAGCCUCCGGAUGAAAACGCACCUCUGGCACCUUUGCGUGACGACAUGCCCCUUAUAGAUCCGUGUUCGGGUCAACUGAGUGCAGCGGCACGGAUGCAUCUGGUCUCAAAGAUUAGGACACCGUUCUCUGAUAGAGUUUACCCUCCGUCCGAUCUGUGGGUUCCGCCUGGGGUGAGAGACAGACCUCAGACUCCUCCAAUGAGACCUUCAGCUCUACAGUAUGAGGCGUCUGAUCACAACAGGUGGAAUUCUAGGCUGAAACUCGGAGGGUGGGCAACUGUGCCCACCAUUCUGGGCAGCAGUGAAAUAAACACGGAUGCCUGUCUGUCUGCUCUACCUGAUAGUAUUGAGAAGGCAGCGCGACAUUUCAUCUACACUUCCACAGCCCAAAGAGGUUAUGAGGACGUGGACUGGGACUCAAAGUUACCCCCUCGUCACAAACCUCCCACAACUACUCUGGAGAAAAUGGCCGACCGUGUGAGUCAACAUUCUGUGCUGAAGAGAUAUCACAGUAGACCUGAGCUCUGGCAGGCCAUUGGAUCCCAUCGGACUAAACAACAGUUGCGUGCCACAUUUUACCCUAGGAAACGUCUUGGUUACGUAUGUAACCUCAGUUCCCUGAUGGAGGGAACGAGAGUUGAUUGGUUCUCAAGGGCGAACCCCAUCUGUCGUUCUCGACACAACGUCGAGAGACCGACAGAAAGGGAACCCAUAAGCUUCUGCAGCCCAUGUCCAAAAUCAGGCCAAAUACCAUUAUACUGUGGAACAGUGGGCUCUAAGAACAUGGAUAGUGUGGACAUCACAGAUGAAGACUUUAUACCUCUAACUCUUCUGCGGACCACAGUGCCUCAACAAACAUCUACAAGCUACCAAAAUACUAUACCUGGUUACACCGGAAAAGCCCGGUUUGACAGACCCAAGACCUCAGCUGUCAGUCUUCCUUAUGUACCGUAUACUGCACACACAGCAGGGAGCAGUCCUGGUACCCUGAAGUCCCCGGUCUAUGGACAUAAAGCCCCUUUUUCAAGAAUGGUCACCACCGUACUCCCGGGAAACCCUUACAUUCAUCCUCAAGAACCCAAACUUUCCAUUAAAUAUCUGUAAGGCACUGCAUGUGUAUACUUCCUACAAGAGAAGAAUUAAUGUUGAAAAGAGUGGAAAAUGAAAAACUUCCUUUUGAUGAAAUCCAAUUUGUGUUUGUGAAUAGAUCUAUAAUGAUGCUCUGUCAUUGACUGAUUUGUGAAUAAUGAGAUGUUUUAUCAGCACAAUUUUCCUUGAUUUAGAUGAGUGCUUCUGAAAAUGUGAAGGUUGUCUUAAACAUUCUGUGUGUGCUUACGUCUUUGCACACAUUGUGUGUCCGUGUGGAUAAAUGAGUGCAUCAUUUUGUCACAGAUCCGUUUCUGCGCACAUUAUUGCUUCGGCACAUUCUAACAGAACAUUUCAAACUUACAAACUGCUUGUGGAAAGAGCUGCUUCAUGCUUAUUGCAGCAUUGCAGAGUGCAGAGCGAAAACUUUGUUGUUUCUUUUCAUUUCUGAAAUGCUUUUGCACACCAAGAACUGUGGUUUGGAGAAUGAGAGAAUACCAGUGCAGUUUCACCUGCUAACAGGAAAUAGGAACGUGCUGGUUUCCUGUUUCCCCCUUUGUCGUCUUUGUGUUUCUGUGUUAAAAACAGUUCGCUUUGGAAUCAGCUCAGUUGAACCCACCAGUAAAAACACCCCAAGAGUUUUACAACUAGUUAAUAUAAAAAGUGCUUAAAAGUUGAUAUUGCUUAACCUCACAUCAGACGCAGGUUUUGGUGGGGACAACAAAGGAGCAAAUACGAAAAAAACAUUCUGUACCUAAAGAAGUUAGGUCAACAAAAACCCUCUUGUCAUUUCAAACCUGUAUGACUUUCUUUUAUCUGCAGAACACAAAAUAAUAUAUUUAGAAGAAUGUUGGUAUCCAAACAGCAUUGGGACCCCAUUGACUUCCAUUGUAUAGACACACAACCACUGAGACAUUUCUCAAACUAUCCACACAAAAAAUGAGGGUAAAUAAAUAAAGGCAGAAUUUUACAUUUUUUUGAGUCUUCGUUUGUGAACCAAACAAUCUUCACAAAUUGCUCUGGACAAAUGGUUCAUGAGACUGCUCUCACUGAAUCCUUGAUCUGGUUGCAGUGGUUGAACAGCUUCUCCAGGAUUAUUCACGAGUCAUCAUUGUGGUCUGGUCCUUACAGAGAACUGUCUUAUGGUCUUACAUGCUACUUUUUAAAAGAUGUGGUAACAUAGAAAAAGACUAAGACUCUUUAUCAAGUUAUUGAUCCAGCAGAAGGAUGAAAAACACACAGGUGUGGAAUGACAUGAGGAUGAGUAAACAGUGCCAGAAUUUCUCAUUUUUGGAUGAACAUUUCCAUUUAAUGUUCUGGGCACUUCGCAGUUUUAGGUAACCAUUUAGACAAAAAAGGUUCUAACAUGGCAUUGUGAAGCCCCUUUAUCUUUAAGGGUGUUUGGUAUGAAUCACUCCUGUCUGUGGGGUUUAUAGAGAUAGAGAUGUGGCUGGGACCACUGCUGUAUUGCAAUGAGGAGGUUGGUCUUUUGUUUUUGCAUUUGAAUUAUUCUCUCUGUAGUGAGCUUCAGCUCAUCAUACUGAACCCAUGAAAAUGAAAGCCUCACCUACACUACAUGAGACAGAAAAAAAAAAUUGUUCAGACAACCUUUUCAUGUUUCAUCACCAAAUGUCAAUUAAAAUCACAAUUUAUGUGAGUGUACGUGCACAUGUCUGUGAAUUAGUCAAGGUACUGUUACCUUCUAGAAGGUUGAGUUUGAAUUUCAGUUUUCCAUAUGUGUCCACUGGCGCAGGACGGUGUAGACAAUUCAUUCUUUAUCCUGUAAGGGAUUAUGAGAUUGACCGUUGUUUUCAGAAAUCUAUACUGGAUGUAUAGUUGAUUUAAUUUCUGUAAUAAUCAAUAAAAAUC